UUUGUCACUCUUUCUCACUACUGGGGUGAUGGCGAGCCAUCGUUGCGCGACGUCGAGGGCUCCUCCAUAUAUGACAUGGCCGUGGUGCCAAAGGCGGGUCUCAGAAAGCUUCAAGACUUCUGUCUUGUUGCUUGCAGGCGGGGGUACUUGUGGGCCUGGAGCGAUACGUGCUGCAUUAACAAGGAGAGCAGUGCCGAGUUGCAGGAAGCGAUAGGAUCGAUGUUCGCAUGGUAUCGAAGGUCCGCUCUAACUGUCGUGUACCUCGCCGACAUUUUGGAACACGAUUCGCUUGUUAGCAGCAAGUGGUUCCAGCGCGGGUGGACCCUCCAGGAGUUGCUAGCUCCCCGCACUGUACUGUUCUACACCCAAAACUGGUCGCUCUACAAGAACCUCGGGUCUCCAAAUCACAAAUCAGAUAGUAUCGUGCUAGAAGAGCUUGAAAGUGCAACAGGAAUAGCGUCUCGGUUCCUGGCGGACUUUUCUCCAGGCAUGGAUGACGCACGUUCAAGACUGCAGUGGGCAUCGUCACGGCUUACCACCCGUCCUGAGGAUACCGCCUAUUCGCUUUUUGGGAUCUUCGGUCUCCACCUACCCGUUCUUUAUGGCGAACCUCCAGAAGAGGCUCUGGGUCGUCUGCUAGCCGAAAUCAUUGCACAGUCUGGGGAAAUCUCAGUUCUGGAUUGG